CAGCUGUCGGUGCUGAUCCUUUUCUCGAACACUCGUCGCAAUGGGUGUUUUUUUUUUUUUUUUCUGAAAACGGGUACAAACGAGAAACUGUUUCGAUAAAAUAUUGCUGGAAGGUAAAGCAAAGCAGAGAGAGAGAGAGGGUUUCGAUUUCCCUCUUGAACGCAUGUGACAUUCUUCAUUUUUGAUAGAGUGCCAUCCUUCUCUUGCCACAUUUUCCUUGUUAUUCCCUCUUUUUGGGCCUUCUUCUUGGGGUUUUGUUACAGUCGCAAGAAACUUCAGUCCAGUCUGAAGUUGGUCUGAUUUUGAGAGGUGGCAGGAGAUGGAGGGUAGAACGAUGGGUUGCUGCAGUUGGGCAUGAGAUCUUUUGGGAAUCUGACAUUCUUUCUUGUGGUGCUGCUUCUGCAUUUCGCGUUUCCUGGUUGCUCUUUUCAGUAUGCUUUGCAGUAGGAAUAUGAUCAAUUUCUUUAUAAGAAAAGAUGUUAGAAAGAUACUCAAGCGUAAAGACAGUGAUGCUGGUGAAAGAGGUCGUGCUCUUGAAGAGCUACGAUCUUCACUUUUCAGCGAGCUCCGAACAUCAGAAGGUGCAAGGCGUCAGCAACAAAGGAUAUGUGGGCCUACAGUGGCACUCACAUUCAAUUUCUUGGUCUCGGUCGGGAUUAUUAUGGUCAACAAAAUGGUCCUCAGCAAGGUUGGGUUCAAUUAUCCAAUUUUUCUUACGUUCAUCCACUAUCUAGUCAGCUGGCUUUUUAUGGCAACCCUAAAUGUAUUGUCGCUUCUCCCUGCUGCCCCUUCUGCAAAAACUACUCCAUUGUCUUCCUUAGUUGCUCUAGGAACUGUCAUGUCUCUCUCCAAUGGCCUUGCUAAUGUCAGCUUGAAGUAUAAUAGUGUGGGAUUCUACCAGAUGGCUAAGAUUGCAGUGACUCCAACUAUUGUGCUGGCAGAAUUCAUGGUGUUUAGAAAAUGUGUUUCUUGCUCAAAGGUAAUAGCACUCGCUUUCGUAUCUAUUGGUGUGGCUGUGGCAACUGUUACAGAUUUGCAGUUCCAUCUUUUUGGGGCUUGUAUAGCAUUAGCGUGGAUAAUUCCUAGUGCUGUCAACAAGAUUCUUUGGUCCAGAUUGCAGCAACAAGAUAACUGGACUGCAAUGGCGUUAAUGUGGAAGACAACACCAAUAACUUUGCUUUCGUUGGUUGGCUUGAUGCCUUGGCUUGAUCCGCCUGGGGUGUUGUCAUUCAAUUGGAGCUACUCUAAUACAUCAGCUAUAUUGUUGUCUGCUGCAUUAGGCUUCUUGCUGCAGUGGUCUGGUGCUUUGGCUCUUGGGGCAACUUCUGCAACUACUCAUGUUAUUUUGGGACAAUUCAAAACAUGUGUCAUUCUUCUUGGAGGAUAUCUUAUUUUUCAUUCUAACCCUGGGCCUGUAAGCAUCUCUGGAGCCAUCACCGCCCUUGGUGGUAUGUCUGUGUAUACCUAUCUCAAUGUGCAUGAGGCUCAUCAAGUGUCAGUCAAGUCUACUAGACAAUUAUCAUUGAAAUCCAAAUUGAGCAAAGAAAAUAGUCAGUGCUAUGAUCGGAAUGAUGAAGAAUCUGUCUAGAACUCUGCUUUUUGGCCAGAUUAUCUUUUCUACUGCUAAGAUGCUCCAACUUGAGGAACACGUCAAUUUUAUACUUUGGUGGCAACCCAUCCUACAAAAAAAAAAAAAAAAAAAAAAAGAGGAACUUCUGGCAGCAAAAUGAAAACAGCGGGACAGCAGCAUGGCCAAUAAUAUUCAUGGGCAAGGCAGGCUGAUGUUUACAAUGGUCGGAUUUCAGCGUGUCACAUUAACUUAUCACGUCUUUGUCUUAGCUGAUCAAUGAAUGUACCGCUGUCACAAUUGUGCAGGAUUCCAGUCUCUUGGUGCUGUAGAUAACAACCGGAGAGAUUUUUUAUUCCCUCAUUUGGCAUCAGCUUAAAGGCUAUACAGUUGUUAUUUAGAGUAUUAAUGAAAUAUUCUUCCAUUGACAGAACAGUGCAGACUCCCAAAGCUUGAACUAGUUGUUUGUAUGUACAUUAUGUACGCAUGUUCAUAUGCAUUCAUGAGAACAUGUACUAAGAUCCUUCCCUUCACCGUAUUUUCCAUGGUCUGGGACGCAAGCCCAACUCUAAUACAGAUGGUAUCGGCAGCUCCUGCUCCGUCAACAUGUAAGAUGCGUCUAUUUCUGUUCGGAUUUAGGACCAUAAAUUUGUUCAGAGUGUAAAGUUUAUAUGGCUUCGAAUUACAUUUACUAUAUGCAUUUCCUGUCCCAUGUCCAA